UGUGUGUGUGUGUGUGAGAGAGAGAGAGAGAGAGACUGCGCGCGCUCUCCGGCUCUCCAGUAGCGCGCGGAUGCGUUAGAAGUCAGAGAGCUGUUUCUCGUCUUGUCUUUUAUUUCCUCUCCGCUUGUUUCCCGCACGUGUGGUUUGGGUAUGUUUUAUUUGAGCGCACACUCAGUGCCGGGAUAAAGUCUGACACUCACCACCAUCAGGCUGGAGUUUAUUUUAGAGUUUAAAAGCGCUGAUGACGGAAAAAAGCGAUGAGAUGGAGAGUGAAGCGGAGCCGCGCGAGCUGCAGAGAUCCCCGAGCACCUUAUCCAUCAACACCGGAUCCAAGUUGUUGAGGUUAAAGCGUUCCUUGGCGUUUAUGCGCAGUAAGAGUGUGGAGAAUUUCUUCCAGCGCUCCUACAGCGACGCCCGUCUGUCUUCUGAUGUCAUGGACGAUGCCCCGCCCCUGUCCCCACCUCUGCUUCCAGGGUCACCGUUGCCUAGCGACAGCCCCAAACCCCCUUUAAGCCCCUCCCUCCUGGUGCUGCAGAAGCCCCGCCCUGCACAAACACACUGCUUCCUGGAUCACGUGUUCCGGCGACCAACCAGCUGUCAGCUCUGCAAACACAUCAUCGUGGGGAAUUCUAAACAGGGUCUGCGCUGUAGGACGUGUAAAAUCUCGGCUCAUCUCUGGUGCACUGCAGAACUCUCACAGCAACCAUGCCAAGGAAAAGUUGGCAUGUUCAAGAGAAACUUCAGCACUCCUUCAAUCACCAGCGACCAGUCAGCAAGUAAAGAGGCUCAAACUACACCAGAGGCGAAAGUGCGAGUGGACCCGGUCUAUGCUACACUACGCUAUGGGAAGUCUUUGGCCCAGAUGAGCCGGUCUAGUUUCGGGAGUGUGUGUGAGUCUCCAACAGGCAGCCUGGGUGAUGGAGGGGAUGAGAAGGACGAGGCGGAGAUGGACAUGAACGAACGGACAAAUAACGACACGGAGAGCGCAGAUCUCCCGAAUCCGGAGACCUCGAAGACUGAAGCGGAGGAUGCGAUAAAGGUUCCCAGAUUUCAUCCGAUCCACAGCUACGUGGCUCUCUACAAGUUUCUGCCACAAGAGCCGAACGAUCUCGAGCUACGGCCUGGAGACAGAGUGCAGGUCACUGAUGACUCUAAUGAAGAGUGGUGGAAGGGGAAGAGUGGAGACAGGGUGGGUUUCUUUCCUGCUAAUUUUGUACAGCGAGUGCGUCCAGGUGAGAGCGUGUGGAGGGUCACGCAGGGUGUCCAUGGCAACCGACAGAUGGGUCACAUGGCUGUUAAGGAAGAUCAGAUCUGCGUGGGGAAAAAGGAGGACAGUGACGGAUAUGUGAAGCUGUGCAGCGGGAAGAAGCGAGGCCUGGUCCCCACACACUCUCUGGAGGAAAUUUAACACACGUCACACACACACACACACACACUCCGUACUGACCCAAUAAAUAAAUAAAACCCUGACGCUAAAAAUACUGCAAUCUGGAAUGACUGAGAAGCGAGUGCCUUCGCUCUGAGAGGAUCAGCGACGAGGCUAAAGCGUCUGGUUUUGCCAAGUGGAUUGUUGUGAUAUAAUACAGA